AUGACGAUUUAUAAUUUCUACGUCUUCGACAGAAAUGGAACUUGUCUGUACUAUGUUGACUGGAAUCGACGGAAACAAUCUGGAAUGUCUGCAGACGAGGAGUAUAAGUUAAUGUAUGGUAUGAUUUUCUCUAUCAAGUCAUUUGUCAACAGAAUUUCACCUACAGACGUUAAAGAUGGUUUUAUGUCGUUUAAAACAAGUCAGUAUAAACUACAUUUUUUUGAAAGUUUAAGUGGUUUAAAGUUUAUAAUGAAUACAGAUUUAAAUGUUGGUAAUAUUCGAGAUAAUUUAAAACAGAUUUAUAGCACAAUCUAUGUAGAAUAUGUAGUUAAAAACCCGAACUGUGAAUUAGAUAAACAGAUUACUAGUGAUUUAUUUCGAACUAAAUUAGACGAUUAUAUCAAAGGUCUUCCUUUCUUCGCUGCUAAAGUUUCUUAA